UCUCACACGUGUGAGUGAGGUGGGAUUUGUUAAAAGAAUAGAAUAAAUAGUAGUAAUAUAAUGACAGCAACUGGUUAAAUGAAGAAUGCCAGGGUCAUUAUCUCAGUCUGGGUGCCUAACUACUUCAAAGUUCUCUCUCUUUCUCACACACUAUUUCUCUCUCUUUUCUCAUUGAACCAAUGGUUUCAUUAGUGUAAGUAUCUGUUAAAAGGCUUCAACACUUGAACACUUUUGAAAGCAAAGCACUUCAUCUGUUUUUACAACUCCUGCAAAAAAAUCUGUCUUCUUUCUUCCCAUUCAACUAUCUGUCCUUUCAAACUUUGCAUCUCAAUGUUACUCCUCUUCAUCAUCACAUAAAAUAUUCUUCUUCUUUUGCCACUUUGCAACACUUUGUAACAUUUUUUUACUCAUCCAUAUACCCUUUUUCUUCUUCAUCUUCUGUGAGAAAGAUGUAGGCAUGGCCAGCUAGUGUGAUAUACCCUUCUUCACUAAAGAACACAAAUAGCCUCACUAGAUACCCUUCUUCCUCCUACUCUUCUUCUCCUCCUUCAAUGGGAAUGGUCUAUGCUGACAUGGACUCUCUCUCUCUUUGUUCCAACUACGGUGUGGUUUCUUCUCAUCAAGAUAAUUGCUAUGUCUCCAACGGGGGCACAAACUGGGGUUUUCCCUUCAUGAGGGAAUGUCCCAACUUUGAGGAUCACCCCAACAACAGUGAUGAUGUUGCUGAAGAGGGUAAAGGGUCUUAUAGCAGUGGUGAAGACAGUGACAAAGUUAACCAUAAUGCUAAUAACUUCAACGAUGAGAACAGCCCUAAUGAGAAUUCUAAUAGUGGCGGUUCCGGGCAUUCCAAGCUUUGUGCUAGAGGGCAUUGGAGACCAGCAGAAGAUUCCAAGCUCAAGGAGCUUGUUGCUCUUUAUGGCCCUCAGAACUGGAACCUCAUAGCUGAGAAGUUAGAAGGAAGAUCAGGAAAGAGUUGUAGGCUGAGGUGGUUCAACCAGUUGGAUCCAAGGAUCAAUAGGAGGGCAUUCAGUGAGGAGGAGGAAGAGAGGCUAAUGCAGGCACAUAGGAUUUAUGGCAACAAAUGGGCCAUGAUUGCAAGGCUUUUCCCAGGGAGAACAGAUAAUGCAGUGAAGAAUCACUGGCAUGUUAUAAUGGCCAGAAAGUACAGAGAACAGUCCAGUGCCUACAGGAGGAGGCUGAGCCAAUCUUCUUCUGUUUACAGAAGAGUGGAGGAACUUAACACAACAACAACAACAAGCAGCACUCUUGUCUCAAGAAACACAGCCACUGCAGAACAACAACCACCACCACCCUAUUGUCUUAAUCUUCCAAAUAAUGGAGGACUUGCCAACAACAUUAACAUGCCUAGUUCUCCAUAUGCUGCAACACCCUUCCAUGGAGGAGUAGUGGCUGUUGCUCCUUCUAGUGGGGUUGAGUUUGGCUUAUUAAAUGGCUCACCCCACAUGACUGCUGCCAAAGAAGCAUUCUCAACCCCCAAGCUGGUCCCUCAUAUUGCCUUGUAUCCUCAACAAACACCACUUGAUUUCUUUUCAGGUGUUAGAAGCAGCAAUGACAUGGUGGGAGAGUAUUUUGGACAGAACGAUCAUCACCAACCAUCAUUUGGUUUCAACCCUCAAUACCCCCAAUAUGUGAUGCUAAUGCAGCAGCACCAACAAAACAAUCACAACUACGGAUUCUCAAAUUCCACAGCACAGAUAUUAGGCCACAGUGAAGCCUCACUAUCAUCAGUGGCAGCAGAACACAGAGAUCAUCAAAACGUGAGCAGUGAUCAGUGCCCCCCAGAUGCAACAACAACAAUUCCACCUCCAUUUAUUGACUUCCUUGGAGUAGGAGCCACAUGAUCAAAUCAAAGUUAGAACCGAACAAACAACAAAAAGCUGCAACCUUUUUCCCCCGGAAGCUCCUCAAUAUAGGUGUGGUCCAACAUUUGCUGAUAAGCCAUUCGAGGUAAACAGAAAGGAUAGUUGCUUCAGUUUGGUGAUUGUGAUCCCUUGCGUCACUUCCUGUUAUUGAGAAUCACACUUCACAACCUAUGAAUCUCUGUUGUGAUUUCCUUUCUUUUAUCAUCACAUGGGGACCCCCCCUUCAAUAAAAAAAUAAUAAUAUAAUUAAAUUUGA